AUGCUUUCCAGGUCCAUCAGGAGGAGCAUCGCCUCGCCGCUCCGCCAGCGCUUCGUCGCUCCCGCCGCGCGCCCGGCCUUCAGCAGAUUCGUGACCACCGAUGCCGCCUCGUCGCACGCCGAGCGCGACCAGGUGCCCGAGUCGGAUGACCAGCCCUUCGAGGUCCGCCUCUCCGACGAGGCCUUUGAGACGUACGAGCUCGACCCCCCGCCUUACACGCUCGAGACGACCAAGAAGGAGCUGAAGCAGAUGUACUACGACAUGGUCGCUGUCCGCCGCAUGGAAAUGGCCGCCGACAGGCUCUACAAGGAGAAGAAGAUCCGCGGUUUCUGCCAUCUCUCCACCGGCCAGGAGGCCGUCGCCGUCGGUAUCGAGCACGCCAUUGAGCGCGCCGACCACCUCAUCACCGCCUACCGCUGCCACGGCUUCGCCCUGAUGCGCGGCGGCACCGUCAAGUCCAUCAUCGGCGAGCUGCUCGGCCGGAGGGAGGGUAUUGCCUACGGAAAGGGUGGCUCCAUGCACAUGUUCUCCCCCGGCUUCUACGGAGGAAACGGUAUCGUCGGUGCCCAGGUCCCCGUUGGCGCUGGUAUCGCCUUCGCUUGCCAGUACGAGAACAAGAAGAACGUCACCCUCGCCCUCUACGGCGACGGCGCCUCCAACCAGGGCCAGGUCUUCGAGGCCUACAACAUGGCCAGCUUGUGGAAGCUGCCCAUCAUCUUCGGCUGCGAGAACAACAAGUAUGGCAUGGGUACCGCCGCCAACCGUUCGUCCGCCAUCACCGACUACUACAAGCGUGGACAAUACAUCCCCGGCCUGAAGAUCAACGGCAUGGACGUCCUCGCCGUCAAGGCCGCCGUCAAGUACGGAAAGGAGUACUGCGCCGCCGGCAAGGGUCCCCUCGUCUACGAAUACGUCACCUACCGUUACGGAGGUCACUCCAUGUCCGACCCCGGAACCACCUACCGCACACGUGAGGAGAUCCAGCGCAUGCGCAGCACCCAGGACCCCAUCGCCGGCCUCAAGCAGAAGCUGCUCGACUGGGGCGUCACCACCGAGGAGGAGCUCAAGUCGCUCGACAAGCAGGCGCGCUCCGACGUCGACGCCGAGGUCGCCGAGGCCGAGAAGAUGCCCGUCCCCGAAGCCACUGGCAAGGUUCUGUUCGAGGACAUCUACGUCCGCGGCUCUGAGCCCGAGUUCCUCCGUGGCCGUGUCCCCGAAGAGAACUUCUACUACACCGAGCACGACAUGGGCGCCGAGAAGAAGCCCGUUGCCAGGACAUCAUAG